AUGGCAGCGAUCCUGCUGCUGAGCUCCGCCCUCUUCUCGCAGGCCGCCGCCAGCUGCCCCGCCCGCUGCGUCUGCGCCUCUGACAUCCUGAGCUGCGGGGCGCAGGACCUGCAGCAGCUGCCCUCCCGCAUGCCCGCGUCCACCGCCACGCUGGACCUGAGCCACAACCGGCUGGAGCGCCUGGAGGCAGGCGGCUUCUCCGGGCUGCCGCGGCUGGAGGUGCUGCGUCUGGCGCACAACCGGCUGAGCAGCCUCGCACCCGGAGCCUUCCGCAACACCAGCGCCCUGCGGCACCUGGACCUGUCCUCCAACGGCCUGCGGCUGCUGGACCGCCACAGCUUCCAGGGCCUGCGCGCUCUGGAGGAGCUGCUGCUGUUCGACAACCGCAUCUCCCGAGUGGAGAGCCGCGCGCUGGCCAGCCUGGGCCGCCUACAGAGGGCGUACCUGAGCCACAACCGCCUCACCGACUUCCCCUUCUUCUCCAUCCGGGCGCACUCGCACCCUGCGCUCGUCACACUGGACCUGUCGUCCAACCGGCUGUCGCGGCUGCCGCUGGAGGAGGUGGCGGCUCUGCCGGUGUCGGUGCAGAGCGGCCUGUUCCUGCACAACAACACGCUGGCGUGCGAAUGCGGGCUGUACGCGCUGCUGCUGCGCUGGCAGCGGCGAGGCUUCGGCUCCGCCCGCGACCACCGCGACCUUCACACCUGCCUGCUGUACGGAGACCCCCGUGCCUCCAUCCGCUUCCUGCGCCACGCCCGCUUCUUCGAGAACUGCAGCCUGCCGGGCGAGCCGGGUGAGGAGGGCGAGGAGGGCGGCGUGCGGGCGCUGGCGGGCGACUCCGUGCUGCUGCACUGCCUCACCCCGCUGAAGGGCCACCACCUGUCCUACCUGUGGCAGUCCCCGCAGCAGGAGUACCUGGCUCCGCCCGGAAACAACCGGACUCUGCGGGUGUUUGCGAACGGCAGUCUGCUGAUGUCGCCGGCCCGGCCCGAGGACUCGGGCGUGUACCAGUGCACGGCGCUGGACAGCCGGCAGCAGCACAACGAGACGCUGGAGGUGAACGUGACGGUGUCGGCGCGCCACACCCACGGCGAGUCCUUCAGCACCGGCUUCACCACGCUGCUGGGCUGCGCCGUCAGCCUGCUGCUCGUGCUCAUCUACCUGUACCUGACGCCGUGCCGCUGCUGGUGCCGCCGCAGACCUCCACCACCCCCCCCACCCCCCGCCGCCCCCGACAGCCCCGAGCUCCUCACCCCCGACACCACCUUCACCCCUGCCAGGGAGGGGUCGUGCCGCAGGGGGGGCAGCAGCAAGCAUGUGGCCUUCCUGGAGCCAAUCAGAGAGGUGCAGAAUGGGCGGGUUCGAGCCUGCUGA